AUGCAUCAAUAACUAAAAAUCAAAACCCUUCCCAAAGGGGAAACCCUCGCUCCUUGACUUUCCAAAUUGCGUAAGAAUGGGAACGCCCAACAAUCCAGGAGAAGUACAGGAGACUCUGCCUUGCGAUUAUUGCCACAAUCAGAUUGCUCUUCUCUUCUGCCGCGCUGAUUCCGCUAAACUCUGCCUGUUCUGCGACCACCAGGUUCACGCCGCCAAUGCCCUCUCCGGUAAACACCUCCGCUCACAGAUCUGCGAGGGCUGCCGAUCCGCACCUGUAUCCGUCCGCUGCUCCACGGACAACCUCCUCCUAUGCCGGGAAUGUGACUGGGAUGCUCACGGUCUCUGCUCUGCUUCCGCCUCACACGAUCGGACCCCCAUUGAGGGGUUUAUUGGAUGCCCAUCGCCUCUUGAGCUCGCCUCCACCUGGGGAUUAGAUUUGAACCACUACCACACAAAAUCCACCAACAACCCACUUCAUGAUUCGGGUCAUUGGGAAUAUCUGUUGGCCGACCCGAACUCGUGGAUGCAAGAGGUGAUGGUGCCUGAGUCUGACGAGAGUGAUGUGUUUAAGAAGUCGAUUUCUAGAUGUGAGAAGCAAAAAAAUGUAAUUUUGAAACAGUUGAUCGAGCUUUCCAAGAGAAGCGCAUUGUCAUCCGAUGGUAAUGGUGCAAGAGGACAGCAGCAUCAGGAGGAAGAGGAGGAGGUACCGUUUACAUCUUUGCUUAUGAUGAAGCACGGUCGGGUUGAUGUGGAUCGGAUAGACGAUCCAACUUUGCAACACAACAUGCUUUGGAACUCCAUACCCGGAGACCGACGAGGCACUCAGAUAUGGGAUUUUGAUAUGGAACGAACGGCUAGUCCAGAUAGAAAUAAUGGGGGAUUGAUGAGUGAAGAUCAUACGACAGGAAUAGGAUUAGGGAUGAAUCUCAAAAUCCAGAACAGCUCCAAAUCAUGUUUUGGAACACAAAAGGGAUAUGGUAUUGGUACUGGUGGUUCAGAUGAUACAGAGGUUUUGGCAAGGAACAGAGGCAAUGCGAUGCUUCGUUAUCUGGAGAAGAAGAAAUCCAGGAGGUAUGUGAAACACAUCCGGUAUGAGUCGAGGAAGGCAAGAGCUGACACUAGAAAGCGAAUCAAGGGUCGAUUUGUCAAGGCUGACGAUGCUUGACUUGAUGCAUUUUUUUCCGGGUUAAUGUCAUAAAUGGGCAACUUAAUGUAAUUAUUUGAUUUUUCAAAAUUGCUAUAAAAAAAGUAAGCAAGUGGAAUUUUGUGUUUACAACACAAAAUACCAUAAUUUCAA